CCCAGUGUCACACGAGGGCAAAGGAUUAUUAGGACUUGUUAUAAGCCACACCGCCCACCCUCUCUCACAGACAGUGUCACUGAUUACAAGCCCCAAGCCUGCCCCGUAAGGACCAAGGUCUGGAAAAAAAACUACAUACUGUGUGCGAGCGACCACACGUGACCACAUCGCGCGCCGGAUCGGUUUCGCAGUGAUAGUUGUAAUCGAGUACAAUGUGCCCCGGUGGUGGCGGUGGCGGCCGCGGGGGACGUCGAGUCCUGCCCGGAAUGAAGAGCCUUUCGGUACUUGUGCGCUGGUGCAUGUGAACAAAGCAGCGAGGGAGGGGCCGGGUUACAUCGAAAAAGGACAUUCUCACGGUGGGGCUCCGGGGGCAGUGAAGUGCAUUUAAUGAUGAGCAGACUGGCCUGUGGCUAACUGCAGGAAGAUAACGUCGUGUGAUUGAUGUGGAUGACGGCGUGAACCGCAAAGUGCGGGAGCUUUGUGCUCUGUGGCGGUGCGGAGGUUCGAAGAAGGAAUUAUAGAUUUUUCCCAUGAAGAGCAAUUGGCUGGGAACGAGAAGUUGGAAAAACUUUUCCUUUGCUCUAUGGUUAAUUUAGCACAGGAUUACGGGAAAAGUGAGACGGUGCUAUGAGUAUAUGCGUGUUGAAGCAGAAACCAACAAUUGUAACUCUGAGUAAAGUUGAAAUUUGGUAAACCAGUGGAAUGCUUCACAGAAGUAAUAAUAAUAAAUCAGCCGAAAUCAUAACGGAGAAUGAGCCAAUAGUUUGCUUAUUAAUGGUGUAUUCAAGUGAAGAAGAAAACAUUUGGUGACCUUUCCGUUUUGUAGGGAAAACUUCUCGAAUACGAACCAGUGCGUUAUCAGCCUCUACCAUCGGUGAAACUUGGUCGUAAUCAACGGUGGUUCCGCCUGUGAAGCGCAAACCAAAAACAACUAUUAACUACAUCCACUUGGAAAGAGUAGCGCGCACUGGAAAAAGUCAAUAUACAACACAAGUUAAACAACUGGCUGUACGGAAAGUAGCAGAAGGCAACAUCAACGGUUGGGUUUCGGGUCGGUUGGUUUCCAUCAAACUACUACCAGCUCCAGCCAGUCGAGGGGAACCGUCAACCUCGGGCUCAGUGUGCACGGUUUACAAACUGCUGUCCGAGGACGGACCACCGUUGGCCAGCCGAGAUCAACCGAGCUGUGUAUCGAAGCGGGGCAAAAGUGCAAAGUGUUGAAGUGAUUGCUGGCGGAAAUGCAUUUUUACGUCGCCUCUGACCGGUGCGAUGGCGCAAUGUGAUUUCCAUGUCUGAUGAGUUUCACGCUUCCGCGGUUAGACUCGUGUCCAUCAAAGGGAGCAAACUACAGCUGCUCGCCACCCCCGAGUCGGUUACAAUAUUAAUACCGCCCCGUGUGUGCAGCAAAUUGCAUUAGAUUGUGCCGGUUUGGUUUCGCGUUUUUGCUGUGUGUGAUUCGGCAUCAUCGGGAUAAAGUUGGUGGAGAAAAACUGUCAACUACAGUUAGAUAAGUUUAUCUUUACAGACUGAGAAAAUCUCGCAUUUCAUUGCACUGGAGUUUCAAGUUGCCGAGAUAGAAAACGUUACUGUUUUAAAAGCCGAAGAAAACAUAAAGAAAAACAAGAAGUUUUGUGCAAGUGGUCUAUUGUGAGCUACAAAUUGUUGAAACGGGCGGAAAAUCCGACGGUGCGAGGAAGUUUUUGGCGGGCUUACAAUAACCAUCCAAGGAAAACUUUCUCUCCUAGAGAUUGGGGUAAACGUGGUGGUAACUAAACAUCAUCGAUCGAACCGGACUGAGCCGGACUGAGCCUGGAUUGGAUGGAGGAGUGAGAAAGUCGCACACGUCUCCAAAUACAAAAAGACCAUGCUACCCAGUCGAGGUGGUCCGCCCAAUGGAACCAGAACAAGAGCAGCCGACAACGUAGCCUUCAUCGUCGGCCGGAUUGUCCAUCGCUUCCAGAAUGCUAAUCAGGUCGUCGACGUGGAAAGAUGCCAUUUCCAGUCCGGUACCAAUGCCACUGUCAGCCAAUUUCAUCGUUGCCGUGCCCAGAAAACGUAAACCGGACACCGGUAGUGAGCGGAAGGUGUGACCCUGUAGGCGAAGUAGUGCCAGUUGUAGUCGUAGAAACAGCAGCGGUAGAUGGCUCUCGGUGGAGGCUGCGGCGUGAGUUCAGGUGAUGUCCACCCGCGCCGCCAUAGGAGAGAGAACAAAUCGAAUUAAUCAAACCCGGCCAGCUGGUGUGGGAGUUUCACGAUAUCAACACGACCUCCCAAGAUGAUUAAUCACUAGGUAGAGAGAAUUGGCUGAUGAAAAAUAGCAUUCAUCCCCAGAGCUUUAAAAGCACGAUUCCAGGUCAAGAAAUCUCAGAGGAUACUUUGCGGGCGAAAUUUCGCUGUCGUGCUCGAAUGGAUAUUACGAAUAACUGUGUGUGACAAAGUGUAGAAAAAACCGUAGACGAGAAGGAGGUUAAAUCAUAAAAAUCUAAUCAAGAAAGGCUUUCCCAGAGGGCCUCAAGUCAGUCUGGGCAAGGACACAUAAAACAACGGACGAAAGCAUAACUGUGAGCACGUGUCGAAAUCUUGGGCUGCUCUCAAAACGCAGAAUAGCCAUCAUCAUUCCUAUAAGACUGUAGCUACAUGUAACAAAAUCACGAAAGCACUCUCGGCGGUGUCGAUCAUAAAAAAAAGGAAACCGCCACCCGAGCAAAGCAACAAGACAAAACAACCGCACCGAAGCACCUCAAGCGCCACGGAAAAUGAAUCUUAUGAACAUGGACUCGGAGAACCGGGUGGUGCUGAACGUGGGCGGCAUCCGGCACGAGACAUACAAGGCGACGCUGAAGAAAAUCCCCGCCACCCGGCUGUCCCGCCUGACCGAAGCCCUCGGUAAUUACGACCCGGUGCUGAACGAGUACUUCUUCGACCGGCAUCCGGGGGUGUUCGCGCAGGUGCUCAACUAUUAUCGGACGGGGAAGUUACAUUACCCAACUGACGUUUGCGGACCACUUUUCGAGGAGGAGCUGUCUUUCUGGGGCUUAGAUUCCAACCAAGUAGAACCGUGCUGCUGGAUGACGUACACCCAGCACCGGAACACGCAGGAAACAUUGGCUGUUUUAGAUAGGCUAGAUUUAGAUACGGAAAAACCUACCGACGAGGAGGUAGCGAAAAAGUUCGGUUUCGAAGACGCUUACAUUAAGGGCAAGGUGAACUGGUGGCAGCACCUGAAGCCGCAGAUGUGGUCGCUGUUCGACGAACCGUACAGCUCCAACGCCGCCAAGAUAAUUGGCAUCAUAUCAGUAUUCUUCAUCUGUGUAUCGAUCAUAUCAUUCUGUCUGAAAACGCACCCGGACAUGCGGGUCCCGUACAUCCGCAACAUCACAGUCAAGACGGCGAGUCAAAACACGUCCUGGGUGCUGGACAAAACGCAAACCAAUGCCCAUGUGGCGUUUUUCUACAUCGAGUGCGUCUGUAACGCAUGGUUCACUUUCGAGAUAAUGGUGCGGUUCAUUUCGUCCCCGAGUAAGCUUAGGUUCAUCAUGUCGUCUGUAAAUAUCAUCGACUACAUCGCCACGUUAAGUUUCUUCAUCGAUCUGAUACUGCAGCGAUUCGCAUCCCACCUGGAGAACGCGGACAUCCUGGAGUUCUUCUCCAUCAUCCGUAUCAUGAGAUUGUUCAAGUUGACGCGGCACUCGUCCGGGCUGAAGAUUCUGAUACAAACUUUUCGGGCCUCGGCCAAAGAGCUGACGCUGCUAGUGUUUUUCUUAGUUCUAGGUAUCGUGAUAUUCGCCAGUCUGGUGUACUACGCCGAGCGGAUACAGAUCAAUCCGCACAACGACUUCAACAGCAUACCGCUGGGGCUGUGGUGGGCUCUGGUCACGAUGACCACCGUCGGGUACGGCGACAUGACACCGAAGACCUACAUCGGGAUGUUCGUGGGUGCGCUGUGUGCCCUGGCCGGUGUGUUGACGAUCGCCUUACCCGUGCCCGUCAUCGUGAGCAACUUCACGAUGUACUACUCGCACACGCAGGCGCGAGCCAAACUGCCGAAGCGGAGACGUCGCGUCAUUCCGGUGGAGUUGUCCCGUCCGCAACGGGUGCCGGGUCAACCGGGGACGGGUGGUGUAUGCGCGAACACUGGAUCCGGAAAGCUUCCUUCUUCCAACGCACCGAGCACCGGAAGCAUGGAUCAAACGAUUCGGCGCAUGAACGCCAACCGCACCAUUUCCAAAGAUGUCAUCCUGCCAAAAAUGGAAACCAAGGACCCAGUUGGCAACGUUUGAGAGGACCUGAUUACGGUAGCCCCUCCGGAGAAUGGGUCUGCACCGAUGCGUUCCAGUGCGCCGCUGGCUCCUGGGGAUGCCACAUUGCAACCAUCAACUGCCACCACCAACAACAUCUCCUCUGCCACAACCACCACCAUCGCCACCACCUCUACCGGAAGCAUCGCUUCAGCCCUCCGACGGGCGUCGCUUGGUAAAAUCGUGAACAAGGAUCGCAAACUCAAAAAUAGUUAAUCCCGCAUUCGCUACAACUCUAGCAUCAGAAUCUCUCUACCCUAAAUAGUAAUCAAAUACUAACUUAUUAACAAAGGAAACAAAUGCAAUAUAAAGCGGUUCGAACGAGUGCAGUCGUUCUGUUAGGGAAUUUCGGUUGGAUAUAAUUUCGGGGAGAGCUUUUCCAUGCGCUUUCCCCUUCGAACGAUAACGAAACGGUUUAUGCGUGUUUACUUACGACUUCACUAGCGCCACCACACACCGCUCUGCCUUCAAUUUCUUUAACGAUUGUUGUUCAACUGACACACAUACACAAGUGAUAGAAUGCAAGACGCGGAAGCUGAUUACCGACUUUGUUUUAUAAAGUUGAUUGUUUUAUCAAGCAGCUGGGCAGAUGGAAUGUUCGUUUCUUGUAGCAAUCUUCUUAGAAGUCCCGUCUUUUUCUCGUUAAAUGUUAUCGAUGUUGACAAUUUUCAUGAAAUUUCCGUUGAUUUCGAUUAAGGAUUCGAGAUUUUUAUAUGAUGGAGUGUUCUUUUAUGAAUCAAACAUGAAACGCUUACUACUAAUUGAAAGAUGUACAGCUAUUAAAUCGAACUAAUGUAAUUUUAAACUAAUGAAUAUGGUAUGACUGUAUAUAAUCUAAGAAGUACUCAAAACUUAGCAUCAAGUAAUAAGCAACCAAACAGCAACAAACAAAAAAUCGAUAACAAAAAUUGUAUAUUUUAGAAAAGAGGCAAAACGAAAAGUGAUAUCAAGUUAAUUUUAAAUCGAAGAAAUUAAAGCUCUUAUACUGAUUGCAUCGUUAAACCGAAUUGGUGUAUAAACCGUUUUUCAAUAGUUUUCUUCAAUUCCUUUUGAGGUUCAUUUCAUUCUACAUCCUAAGCUAACUCUUGAAGCUAACCUUUCAAUAUCAAAGGAAUUCAUUCUCAAAGCCUUGUAAAUAAAG